AUGGCGCCCAUGGGAUUGCGUCGAGCUGAAAUGAAUCCAAGCCAUCGUUUGCCUGGUCCUCAAGCAUCAACUUCCUUGCCGAUUUUUGCGCAUCUAAAACUGUCCCCCCCAGAUUUCGACGCCGCUUCUCCGUCUACACUGUCUCAGCCAACAACUUCUGAACAAUGCUCUGAGAGCCACUCUGCUGAAAUGCAGCCUCAGCCUUCUGCGACUUCAUCUCAAACUCCAACAAACCCGCAACUCCUCUCCAUGGAGACUUCCAUGCAAACUAUGCCAACCCCACAGAUAUUGCAUACCACUGACGAGCUCUUCGACAUGCUCACCGAUCCAGACCUAGCUUAUUCCAGUGAAUCAUUACCCUCUACGUCGCAAAGAGAUCAAAAAUCACAGAAUGCUGAAAUGCAAUGGGAACAGCAUGGGUUGAACUUUUCCGAAAUGUGCAUGCGCAAAUGGGAAGCUGAGACCUCUCCGGAAGAACAGUCAUGUUCGUGUGCAGACGUUGGUCCUGACAUCGUGUCCCUACUGGGCCAGUGUGAUGGUCAACGGCCACUCUGCAUCAUAUGGGCAAAAACGGUCUUCAUCUGCACCAUAGUCAUUAGUCCUCCCCACAGCAAGUACUGCGCCAAUUCAUGUGGCUGGUACUUAACCUACGUUCACUGCAUUGCCAAGGCCUAUCACUUACUAGACGAUGGGGCCUCAAGAAAGUACACCACUCCCAAAUGCAAUCGACCCUCCAUCAUCGUCGACUUACUCGCCACCUUCAUCUCUACAACUGUCACUGGUCCAUCUCACAUAAGUGAAUCGUCGUCGUCCUCGUUGUCAUCAAAGAGGCCAGUGAAAACAAAGGCAGAAUGUGUGGAGAUGGUGGCGAUUAAGGCGACGAUGAUGGAGGGGCAAUUGCAUUUGAGAGUGGUGUACAUUCUUGAGGCCCCAUGGUCAACCAUCUACACGAAGGACCUCCACAUGAUUCACGACCUGCACUUCUUCAAAGAAAUCUUGGUUAAUUUCGAACUCCUUCCCCUCCCCCUCCACCUCACCACCAAGUCAACCAAUACUUCGUCGAAGUGCAUUGGUAUAUCAAUCUCCUCACCACCUACCACCAACCCCUACGCAUUUGACGAUUCUUCACAUUUCGACGGACACAUUCCAGUCUCAACUCUCAUCCCAUGA